AUGGGAAUUCAGAAUGCUGCAGUAACUUGCGAGAUCAUUGGGCUCCUUGCCCAUGGGUACAUCACUUAUGCUAUCGGGUAUCGCAAAAUGAUGAUGAUUGCUCUUGGAUGGUUGUGUCUAGCCAUUUCCCCAGCUUUCUUUGCUCAGAACAUCGCUGUACUACUUUCUUCCCAAGCCCUUUGUGGCCUAUCAUGGGGAGUCAUCCAGACCUUGGGGGCGACUUACGCUGCUGAGAUUGUGCCUUCAGCUAUACGAGCCGUCGUUCUCAGCAAUGUGAAUAUGUGUUGGCUCAUUGGCCAGCUACUGGGCACUGGCAUUCUGAGAUCACUCAUCGACAACACGUCCCAAUGGUCAUACCGGUUACCAUUUGCGCUACAAUGGGCUUGGGCGCUUCCAUUGCUCUUUGUCGUUUACUUUGCCCCGGAAAGUCCUUGGUGGCUAGUCCGACACGAAAGACUCUCAGAAGCACGACAGUCGCUACAAAGACUCACAAGCGGCAAGAACCUCAAUAUCGACGAUACGCUCGCUGUUAUGCAGCAUGUUAACGCGACAGAGAAAAAAUUGGGCUAUGGUGGCGCGAGCUUCUUUGAUUUGUUCAAAGGUUCGAACAGACGCAGGACUGAAGUUUGCUGCAUGACGUGGUCCUGUCAAGCCUUGUGCGGCGCCACCCUGACUGGAUAUGCUCCUUAUUUUCUGGAACAAGCUGGCUUCGAAUCCUCCAAAUCAUUCAGUCUCGCCACAGGAAUGUAUGGUCUCGGCAUCAUUGGCGGUAUGAUAUCCUGGAUGUUGCUAUCACUGAUUGGCCGGCGUAGGCUUUACCUUGCUGGAUUGUUAGCGGCAGUCGUCAUCCUUACCAUUGGUGGUAUCCUAUCGAUUGUUCUGGACGGCCAUCCUUCAAUGAAUUGGGCCCUCGGCUCUCUUAUCAUUUUGAUGACCUUUACUUACAACAUGACCAUCGGUCCAGCUUGUUAUGUUAUCGUGGCAGAAAUUCCAUCAACACGUCUAAGAGUCAAGACCGUUGCCCUGGCGAGGGUAGUCUACAAUGUCUUCACCAUCAUCAAUAACGUUAUUGCGCCACAGCUUCUCAACCCAACUGCUUGGAACCUGGCUGGUAAAUCUUGUCUGGUUUACGCGAUCACGGCUCUCUUGUGUCUUAUUUGGUGCUAUUUUCGACUACCUGAGACAAAGAAGCUGUCGUAUCUUGAGCUAGACUUACUUUUUGACAAAGGGGCUCCUACGGCCAAGUUCAAAGAAUUGCAGGACAGACUCGCUAAUACUGCCCGGUCUAUACAUGAUCCCGAAACCGUAGAUAUACAGCGCGAUUUGGCCGACUUGAACUCUCGAAGUAGGUCGUGCAUAGGCUAG